UGUAAUAUUUUAAAUGGUGUUGUAUUUCACAGAAAUGAAAAUCUGGUGGCCAAAGGAUUCCCAAUGCCAAACUCUCGUAAGACUGGUACAACCAUUGCUGGCAUAGUCUUCAAGGAUGGUGUCGUUCUUGGUGCAGACACACGUGCCACUGAGGGAGAUAUUAUUGCUGACAAGAAUUGCAGCAAGAUUCAUUAUCUCCAGCCAAACAUGUACUGCUGUGGAGCAGGCACUGCUGCAGACUUGGAGAUGACCACCCAGCUAAUGGCCAGUCAGUUGGAGCUUCAUCGCCUCAACACUGGUCGCCAAGUACCUGUUGUUGCAGCUAACCGCAUGCUCAAACAGAUGCUAUUUCGAUACCAAGGUUAUAUAGGUGCUGCUUUAGUGCUGGGAGGUGUUGACAAGCAUGAUUCUCACAUUUAUUCAAUCCAUCCUCAUGGCUCCACUGAUCGCCUUCCAUACACCACAAUGGGCUCAGGAUCCUUGGCAGCUAUGUCUGUAUUUGAAAGUCGUUGGAAGCCAAAUAUGGAGCUAGAGGAAGCUAAGCAACUGGUUCGUGAUGCAAUAGCUGGUGGUGUAUUCAAUGACCUGGGUUCAGGUUCCAACAUAGAUUUGUGCAUUAUUACAAAGGAUGGUGCAACAAUGAUUCGGCCCUAUGAUGUUGCCAAUGUGAAGGGGCAGAGGUAAGGAAAUUUCGUAUCUA